AUGAGUAAUAAUCUAUCAGCACAAUGGGAAAAAUUAUUACGACCUGGAAUAUUAACUUUAUUCUAUCGAGAAUAUCCAUUAAUGGAAUUAUAUGAUGAUGCUUGUCAACGUAUUCAAGAAUUUCUAUAUAAAAUUCUUCGUUUUCUUCUUCGACAAUAUCCACAUCGAACUGAACUUGAACAAUGGCUGUAUAUCAAUUAUCCUGAAGCACAAUAUGCAUUGAAUCGUAGUAAUCGAAAACGAAUUUUUUCUAUUGAUCAACUUCAAACAUUAAUUCAUAAAGAAUUUGGAAUACAUAAUGAAAUGGAUAUUAGUUAUUUAGCAACAACACUUGAACAUUGUACCAAAGAUGUACUUAAACUUGCUCAUGAUUAUGUUAAUCGUUUAGGAAAAAAUGAAAUUAUAGCUAAUGAUAUUGAUUUAGUAAUGAAUGCUGAUACGAUUUUUGUUGAAAUUCUUCGUUCGGAUUUAAAUUCAACAACAAAUACUGCAUCAUCAAAUUAUAAUAUAGAUAAUUCAAUAGCAACAAUGUCCUAUAAUGAAUUAAUACGAUAUUUUAUUAUAACAGAAACACAAUAUAAAGAUGAUUUAGAAUUAUUAAUAAAAUUCUUCCGUAAUCCUAUUCGAAAUUUUUUCAAUGAUGAUCAAAAGAUAAUUGAAAAUGUUUUUGGUUGUUUGGAUGAUAUUUAUGAAUUAACAACUAGAUUUUUAUCGGAUCUUGAAGAUGCAAAAGAAAUGCGUGAUGAUAUUACAAAAGAUAUUUCAUUAUAUGAACCAUUUCAAAAUUUUAUUGAAGGCAAUGAAUUUGAAUGUUAUACAAAAUAUACUCAAACAAUUCUUGCAAUAGAUCAUACAGAUCAAUUAAAAAAAAUGUUAAAUAAUGAACAAGUAAAACAAUAUUUAGAAUCGAAAUCCGAUCAAAUGAAAGAAACAUAUCGAUAUUUAUUACCUGCAUUAUUACAUACACCUAUUCAUCAUUUUCAACAAUAUCUCAUCUAUUUAGAAAAAUUAGCUUUAUUUCCAGAAUCUGAAUCAGCUCAAUUAACUGAUAUACUUAGUGUAUUAAGACAAAAUAGUUAUCAUAUUAAACGAUCUAAAUUAUAUAUGAAUUUAAGUAUUCAUUCAUUUUCAAUGCCAAAAUUAAAUGAUAAUAAAAUAAAUAAUUGGAAAAAUUUAAUAGAAAAUUGGGAUAUUAAAGAAUCAACACCACUUAUUGAUAGUUAUCUUAAACAUAUUGUUAUACAAAAUUCAUCAUCAAAUUUAAUAACAAAUGUUGAUCGACGUGCUAUUUUAUUUUCAACAAUUUUAUGUCUUUGUAAAGCUUUAUCAAAUGAUAAAUGGAAAUUUAAAGAAAAAAUUUGGUUAAGAAAAUUUAAUAUUAAUGAUCAAAUUAUUAUACCUGAUCAUGAACAUGUUUUUGAAAUACAAUGUGAUGAAAAAAAUUAUAUUCUAGCAGCUCGAUCUGAACAAGAUAAAUUUCAAUGGUUAUGUCUACUCAUGUAUAUACGAAAUAAAAGUAUUCUUCAACGUGAAUUAUAUAAUAUUCUUGUUAAUGAAGAUGCUCAACAAGUUUUAUUAACUCCUGAUCCAAGUCGAUAUAAAUUUUGUGCACCAAAUUUACCAACAAAUAUUCUUAUUGAUUAUCAUACAAAUGAUAAAUCAUCAUCAUCAUUUAUUAUUCGUGGUGCAACGAUGGAAAAAUUAAUUGAACAUUUAACACAUCAUCAAUUAUUACAUCCACGUUUUGUUAAAUCAUUUCUUAUGACUUAUAAAUCUUAUUGUACACCAUUAGAAUUAUUAAAUUUACUUAUUGAACGAUAUAAUAUACCUGAACCUGCAUCUGCAUAUUUAUAUACAGAACAACAAUUAAAAAAAUUUCGUAAAGAAUAUGUUCAACCGGUUAAAUUAAGAGUACUUAAUGUUAUUCGACAAUGGGUUGAUAAAUAUUUUAGUGAUCUUAUUGAAUCAAAUGAUCAUGUACUUGAUCAUUUACAAACAUUUUUACAAUCAAUACCUGAUACUGGUGGUUUAUAUCAAUUUAAAACAAGUAUUUUAAAAUUAAUUGAUAAACAGACAAUUGAUUAUCAAGAUUCAUCAAAGAAAAAUCAACAACAAGAUUUAAUUAGUGAUGAACGAGAUCAAAUUGAAGAUCUAGAUGUUUUUCAUUAUGAUCUGAAAGAAUUAUCUGAUCAAAUAACUUUAAUUUGUUCAACUUAUUUUCGUGCUAUAACAUCUCAAGAAUUACUUUAUCGUUUACCAAAUUUAUAUAAUUUACAAAAUUAUAUGAAAUUUCUUGAUAAAGUGCUUGGUUUUUGGUGUAAACGAUCAAUAUUAGAAACAUCAAAUUUUGAAGAACGUAUUGCUGUUACAGAACGUUUUAUUCAAAUAGCUAUACGAGCAUAUGAAAAGAAAAAUUUUGCAGCUGUUUUUGCUAUUAUAUUUGGUGGAAUUAUUGAUUUAGAAAAAUCUUUACCACAUACAUGGGAUCGUCUUAGUAAACAAAGUCGAACAUUUGUUACAUUAGUUGAUGAUAUGCUUGGUGAAGAUUCACAUUUUAAAUUAUAUUUUGAAAAAUUACGUCAAAGUCCUUUACCAGUUGUACCAUUUAUUGCUAAUAAUCAAACACGUAUUGCACAAAUGAAAGAAAAACAUAAUAUGAUUGUUUUACCAACAGGUGAAAUAUUAAUUAAUUUUCGAAAAUUUCAACAAAUUGGUGAACAUUUAUGUGAAAUUCAACAAUAUCAAAAUAUGCCUUAUGAUAUUAUACCAAAUUAUGAUAUACAACGUGAAUUAAAAAGACUUAAUCCAAUGAAAGGUUUUCAAGAUGAAAAUAGUUUUCAAAAUUAUCUUGUUACACGUAAAGAAUAUAUUGAACCAGCUGAUUCAUCUCCAAGAGUAUUUCCAAUACGUCGACCACCACAUACAUGGCGUUCUUAUUCACGUGUUUCUCGUCUUUUUAUGAUUCCAUCAACAUCAUUUAAUGCACAUUCUCGAACAUCAAGUCAAUGUGAUGAACAUCAUCAUCAAAAAUCAAAUACGGAUAUAUCAACUCGUCGACAUACAAGUUUAGAUAAUAAUGUAUUAAAAUCAAGUGAUACUUUUGCUUUUGAUAAUUCUCUUUGUGGAACAAAUGAUGAUUUUCAACCAAUAAUCAAUACACAAGAAUUAAAACCACCACCUAUACCACCUCGAGCACCACGUACAUCAUGA